UUCUCCACUGUUCCUCUACACAAGGAUGAAGCUGUUACUUUCCAUUUUCAUUGCUAUUGCAGUUUUCAGACAUGCAGGUGCACAAAUACAGUCAUGUCCACUAGGAUACGCAGUAUUAGUUCCUUGCUGUACUACAUCGAAAGAUCUGUCAAGUUCUACUUCAGAAAUUUAUUGUCCAUCUGGAUGUAUGAGCAAAAAUCUUUCUGUAUGGGGAACAGAAAUCUACACAGAGAACACAGCUGUUUGCCUGGCUGCCAUCCAUGCUGGCAAAGUUUCUAACGGAGGAGGAUACAUUACAGUACAAAAGUUGCCAGGCCAAGAGAUGUACAUUGGUUCCACUAUGAAUGGAAUAAUCAGCCUAAAUUAUGGAAAAUCUGCCACAUCCUUUUCCUUUCUUGGUUACUCAACACAGACAGUGGCUCCAACUAUUUUUCUUAAUACUACUACUACUACAACUACUACUACUGCUACUACUACUACUGCUACUACUAGUAAUCCUACUUCUGCUAUAGUAACAUCCACGUCUGCUACUGUGACUACGACUACUAUGGCUACAAACACUAUCUCUCCUACAAGUCCUGUUACUUCUGCCACUACUACUGUCACUUCCACCAAUCUUAUAUCUACUAUUAUUCCUAUGAGUAGCACAAAGAAUAACAUUGCCACAACUGCAAGUACUGCCACUACUGCCACAACGAUAACUGCAGUUAACAUUGUACAAGCCUCUUGUUCAACUACUGCCGUAGACUUACAGGAAGCAAUCUCAGAUGUCGAGUGUCCACCUGAUUGCCUUGCAAAUGGACAAUCUGUUUGGGGAACUGACUUCUACACAGAUGAUUCAUCUGUAUGCCUUGCAGCUAUUCAUGUUGGAGUCCUAAGCGACAAUGGAGGGCAUAUGAGAGUAAUGAAGAAACCGGGGCAGGACGCCUACAGUGGUUCUACAAGUAAUGGAGUCACAACAAGUAGUUAUGGAGCAUGGCAUGCAUCUUUUAUAAUACAAAAGGUUUAAUUGUUCAUUUUUAUUUUUCAGUUAAAACAUAGGCAGAAUGCUAGUGGAAGUUAUAAAUAUAUACAUUAUCAUUAUUUUUCUUUUUUUAAAUGCUUGUACUUUACUGUAUUUUUCCAGUAGAACUAAGGUUCAGAAAUGAUAAAAAAAAAAAAAAAGUCACAUUCAGUCACAUUGCCUAACGAAGAAGUAGGCAAUGUGACAUCAUCUGUUCUCUACCUACCAUAAAGGACUAGCUAACUCUA